CUCUACAUAUCUCACCAAUUUGCAAACCGAAAGAAAACGUUUCCUCUUUUUCCUCUGCUUUCUUCUGCCUCCUUUUUCACCAUUAAAAUCAUGGCUGUUGAAGCCCGGCAUCUCAAUCUCUUCCCUUCCCAACUCAUACCCAACAGGGACAUGAUGAAUCCGAUUCAGGGGAACGGAAAUCUGUACAAUACCCAGUUUGGGUACGGAGUGCCGUUUUCCACCGGAGGAGUGGCGGCGGAGGCACUGCUGCCGACGUACAACUCCGUGAUCGCCGAUUCCAUAAUGCCACCGAAGACCUGCGCCAUGAAAUCCGACAGUGGCCUCACCUACAACGUCCCGAUUCCUCUCCCAAGAAAGCGGUCCAGAGACUCUGUUACCAACGGCAUCAGCCCUUCGUUUUCGUACCCGGCUCCGCCGUUAACCAACUACAAAAACUGCGACCCCUUCUCUUUUCUCGGCGAGGACAUUUCUCUGCACGUGCAGCAGCAGCAGUUCGACGUCGACCGUCUCAUUUCCCAACACAUGGAGAAGGUGAGAUUGGAAGUCGAGGAGAAGAGGAAGCGGCAGGCGCGGCGGAUAAUGGAGGCGAUUGAGGUCGGGAUGGCGAAGCGUCUGAGGGCUAAAGAGGAAGAGAUUGCAAAAAUGGGGAAACUGAAUUGGGCGCUGGAAGAGCGGGUCAAGUCGUUGUGCGUAGAGAAUCAAAUAUGGCGCGACCUGGCUCAGACCAACGAAGCCACCGCCAAUGCCCUCCGCACCAACCUCGAGCAGGUCCUGGCUCACCAUGCUAAGGACGACGACAACCGGCAAAACGACGCCAACGCCGCCGCGCUCAUGGAUGACGCCCAGUCAUGCUGCGGAAGCAGCGGCGGGGACGAGGGUCGAAACGACGGAGUCGUGGGGUUAGACGGGUGGCGCACUGUCAAGGGUACUAUUAAUGCUAAAGCUGCGGAGGGGCAUGUCGGGGAUGAAGGUACAAGCGGGGCAUGCGGGUCGAGUACAAGUAGGUGGUGCAGGAGUUGCGGGAAGGAGGAGGCCUGCGUGUUGCUUUUGCCGUGCCGGCACCUUUGCUUGUGCACGGUGUGUGGAUCAUCGCUGCAUACUUGCCCCAUCUGUAAAUUCACCAAGAACGCUAGUGUGCAUGUUAACAUGUCUUAAGAUCAAAUUAGUUUCACCUCCAAAAAGAAAAAAGAAUACAAAUUUUAAUCACUAUAAAUUUGUUUUUUUCCCUCCAA